AUGACAAGGGAACAGGCGUGUGACCUCUGGCGGUUCAUGUUGGGUGUGGACCGGUCGGCCUGGCCGAGAGGGGACACUGUCAUCGGUGCUGGGCAUGCGUUCCUACCCACAGCCACACAGGACCUCAUCCUUGACCACUUCCGCCGUAUGAGUGACUACAACAGGCUGUUGCUCACCACCACAUUCGUGGAAAUGUUGCGCUACGUGAUGGCCGAAGUGAGCAACCUGAUGCAUCAAGGGACUUUGACAGGGAGGUUGGAGGAGGGCGAGGUGGUUGAGGUCACCCUGGACCCAAGCGAUGAAGAGCCCGACCCGGAGCACGACGGCAGUACCCUGAUGCAACGCUACAUCCGGAAUGGGCCGGCAGCAGCCAACGAGGAGAGGUGGGUGAGAGCAGUCAUGAGACUGCAGAAAGAGCUCGGAAGCCAGCCAAAAGUCAUUCGCAACGCGAACAUCCGCAGGGUCAGACAAGCCCUCCCAGCAUGUGAGCCUUGGAGCGAGCCAGAAGGGAGAAGGGAGCAACUGAGGGCGCUACUGGUGGCCAUGACUGCUGAGGACGCCGGUGAAGGAACUGCGGACAACAUGUGGUUGGCUAGCUGGUCGAACGAGUUGGAGCACUUCCUACCUGGCACGGCCUUUAACCUCGGUGUUCUUCCUGCAAGUGAGCCGGUUGCGGUGGAAUCCGACAGUGGACCUACCAUCAUUGAGGAGGGGCAUCGCGAAGUGGAGGUCACCCAACCCGAUGCGGUGCUGGACGACCCGACAAAUGAGCAGGAGGCCCUUCGCGAGCAGGAGUGCAUGCUCUUGCAACAGCAAGCGGCGGACUUUCAGCGAUGGGAACGUGACCUUCUUCGCCGGGAGUUGGCAAAGAAGGAGAGCCCGGCCAAGAAGGCUCGGACUUGCUGUCGUGGAAGUGGAGGCCGCCUCCGGAAGUGGGGACAGACCGCGUACCACUCAGAGACUGCCUUGAAGCUCACGAUUACGGCCAGAAUGGAGCCUGCACCUGAGGAAGUGAGCACUGUGGAUGCCAAUGGUGGGGAAGGCACGGCUACCAGUGUCCGGGGAGAGUGCAACACACUGCCGAAUGCGCUGCAGCUCAUGGAGUUCGAGGACUUUGAGCAGCUGUACCGCGAGUGGAAAGCCGGGCGGUUUAGUACGGAACAGGUUGCAGCAGCACAUGGACAAGACGUGGCGGAGCUUCUGGUGACACAUGACCUCGUGGAGAACAUGGAUGAUGACACCGAAGCCCUUCUACGACCGCCUGACGAUGCUGUUGUGGGAGAACCUGGGGCUCUGAUGGUGGGACAAGGUAGUGUGGAGUCCACGGGUCUGACGAAUGCUACCACCGUGAUGCUACCUGCAGGGCAAGGCAUGAGUCUCCCGGCCACAGCUGAUCAGGGGCUUGCACCAGGCGAACAUCCGGACUCGACAGGGCUGUUUGGCACGGAAGGGAACGAGGGUGAGCACAAUGAUGAUGUGAUCGCCCGGGGUGAGGAGGGGGAGACCAUGGAUGCCGAUGGCAAUGCAGAGCGCACGCUGGAGGCUGGGCAGAUGAGCCAAACCGGCAUGACCGACCAGGCCCACCAAAAAACGCUCGCCGCCGACGAGCGCCGCAAGCGCCAGGCGGACCGGGACGAGAAGUUGAAGAGAGAAGACGAGAAGAAAGGCAAGAUGGCCCAGCUCAGCGGCAAGAACCCGAAUCUCGCAGAGCUCGAGAGGAUCGCGCACUGGAGAGCGGCCGACGAAGCGAAGAAGCAGAUGCUCGAGGACGCUCGGACUAAACGAGAGUUGGCACGAGAGCAGGCGCUGCGGGACAUGCAUGAGACAGCCGCGAAGCGCGACGAGCUCUGGAACCGACUCGAGGCGACCCGGACGCAGAGGGAAGCAGAGCGGCAGCAGAACCGCCAGAAGGCAGUCAUCGAGCACAUCAAGAACAUGCCGGUGGGUGGUGGUCUGCCCAACGUCCUCGUGUACUGA